AUGCCUUCGGUCUCGACGACCAAACAGCUGAACUCUAAUCGCUUCAGUCUCGUAAACGAUUCUUCGAGGCUACAGCCAAAAACUCCAUUGUCAUCGCUACUAUAUCCUAAUGGACUCAGCCUUCGUACCAGAAUCAUUGGUCAAAAGCAGCACUCUGUCGACAUUAGUUUUCGAACCACUAAAGAACUUGAAGAGGCCCUGAACAAAGAGUUCAUCCUGCAUGACCGACGUAUUCAGGUGAACCGCAUUUUCGAGAAAGACUCUACUAUUGUCAGAGUGGGCAUUUCUAACAUCCCUUUCGAGGACGAGGUUUUUUUUGAAGCCUAAUUGGAAAUCGGUCUCCGCCAUACCACAGAUGGUUAUUGGUUUACAGGAAGAGGAUUUGUUGCUUUG